AGAAACAUGUUUUAUGUUGGAGAAAUCCCAGAUUCAUCAUCUGUUUUUUUUUUAAAUGCUCAGUAUUCUUCUAGCUUCAUUUUUAUGGGAUUGCAUGCGGAAGACUCUUAGAGGGAAAUAUGGAGAGGUUUUCUCUCGUAAGGAAUUCAGAAAUUGCUGGAACAGAGUAUUUUUUUUAAAACCAGGAACAGAGUUCAGAAAUUGCUGGAAUAGAGUCACAGAAUGGCAUAAAAAUGCUGGCUGUGCUUUCUAACAUCAUGUCAAGGACAAUAAAAGGGCCACUUUGGAAAUGUUGGGAGGCGAGAACCAAAGAUUGGGGUGAUUAACUUGACUUUAGCAGGGUGUUUGAAGGAAGUAGCAGUAUUUACUCAACUCCAUUUUGUAAAAGACAGCUAAGAAAUACAGAACGCUUUUAGUUUCAGAAAAUAUAUGAACGCGAUCAAAGGAAGUUGAUAAUUCUUCUCAACUAAUGAUUCAAGUCAGUUUCACAUAGGGAACAGUACAGAAUGAUUUGUGUUUCAGAAAGGAACUGCACAAGAUUAGGUUACGGCGGAAAACCCCCCACAGAUUUAUGUUCUAGAGGUUUAGUUUGGAUAGGAAAUUAAAUAAGGACUGUAUUGCAUCUAUACAUAGGUACAUGAAUGAAUACAUGUUUAAUUGAAGAUAAUUGAUAUUUUGAGAAAGAGACACACCCGUUCCUAGCGGUUUGGACCCGUUCGGCUGAAUCAUUAGUGGUUUGGCAGCCUGGGUCGCUGGAACCAAUAGCGACCCAGGCCUGUCACGCCCCCAAACUGAUUCUCCUGGCGGCGCCUUGGUGCUGUCAUCUUGUUUUUGGCUUCUGUGCAUGCGCAGAAGCAUUUUUAUAGUACUGUACAUGUGUGUUCUGUGCAACCACUAGCAAACCGGCAGUAGCAGCUGCCGGAACCACCCCUGAGACACACCCAUACAGAAUCAGAACAAAUUGUAAUAUCUCUUAUAGUAAUAGAGUUGAAUGGAUCCUAAAGGCAACAAAUUAAGGCUUGUUUCAUUUAAUGGUGUAACGAGAGUAUAAACCAUACCGGUAUUAUUAUACAACUUCAGUAGAGUUUUUAAUAACAUUGCACACUUAUCCAGAGUAGCCAUGAUAUCAAUAUAUAAUAAACAUUUAUAUUCACUGUCCAGUGCCACCACAUUCUUAAUAUCUAAGUUCAAAAAUCAGGUUGAUAGAAAGGGCUUUUAUUUGCUUAUCAUAUUGAUGUAUCUCAUUGUGUUCUUUUUCAUUGUUUAUUUUAUUGUUCUAUUGUCUUAUGUAUGUUCUGUUUACUGUCUUUUCAUUUCUUCCUUUUGCUGUUAGAGGCAAAUAAAUUCAACAAAUAAAUCUUAAUGUAACUGUAUAUGUUAAGCGUCAAAUCCGUUUGUAAUAACUCUAUAGUCACUAGGUAAAAUAACAAAUUGAAAUCCGGUGAGCAACAGGUAAUAAAAACCUGUUCCUCCCUAGAAAACCCUUCAUAAAUUAAAUCUACACUUUAUAAAUCCAGACUGAAAUUCAAUCAAAGGCAUUUUCAGCAUCCAGUCAAUAUAGAACAGCUAAUUCCAGUUUAUGUACCCCAUUAUCCAAUAUAUCAGUCAUCAGGUGUAUAGUGUCAGAUUAUUGCAUUUUAAAUAAAGCCAAGAUUGAAAUAAAGAGAUCUGUACAUGAUAUUACUUUUGAUAGCCUGACUAGAAUCAUAAUAUUUUUAAAAUGUUGGUUUAUAAUUAGCACACCUAAUAGAGUCUUUCUCAAGCAUUGAUAUUAACUGUUAGAUAAGCUUGUAAAAUGAUAAAAAGUAUGGUGAGAUUAAAUUAUUGAUUAUAGAGUGAAAUUAUAUUUUCUCUGUAACUCAUAAGAGAAAGGGGAGAAUAUCUUCGAAACUCACAACAUAAUAAUGACUAUUACAGAGUAGGAAAAAACACAGAGCCUGUGAAAAUCACAAGGGACAGACAGAAGGACAGGGAGGGAGGGAGGGAGAGAGAGAGACGGAUCUUUUGAUAGGUUACAUCAGGUCAGGGUCAUUGGGAGUUGAAAUGCUAGGGGGGGCUGUUGCAUGAGUUGCUUGAGGGUCAGUGCUGUCUCUGGUUGGCUGUGCAGUUGAUUUGGAUUCUGAGGAGUUUGUAGGCUCAUUGUAGGUCCAUGAUGGCGUGGCAUGCGGAGCCAUAUCUGCCGGCACGUGAGCUGUCAGCUCCAGCACGCAUGAUGCGUCCUGUCCAAAAGUCCGUGUGUGCACUGAUGAUAGUGCUGACAGCAUCCCUGGCUUUCCUGUACCUUCACGUGUGGUCGCCAAAACCUUACAGUACGGUGGAUCUGCGACAUCGACCUGAUCCGCCGCCUGAGAUCUUGUUGCUCGAUAACGUGCUGGUGCCUGACAAGAAAUAUGCGCACAUUGCUUUCCGGAUCAAAGAGGAGAUUCUGGAGCUUCUUCCUAAAAAUUCCUGUAAAUGUGAGGCACAAGCAAGUUUGAGACUGCCCUUUCAGAAACAGCUCUUUGGUCAGGAGUACUCUGUGCAAUUUGCCAAUGCCUUCAAGUCUUCUGACCUGGCGGACAUCAACAGCAAACGGGAACAAGAAUACCGCAGUCAUCAGCAGAGGUCUCGGUCUCCACUUGACCAGCUGAUCAUUGUCCAAGCCAACUCACCACUAGAAUUUCCAGUUCAAGGUGUAGAAGUUCGCCCCCUCCAGACCAUUCUUAUUCCAGGCUUGAGCUUACAAGCAGCUGAAAGAACAUUAUACUGGGUCAACCUGACAGCAACAAUGGGUACUUUUGAUGUGGCUGCGGAGGUAGAAGGUGUCAAAGUGGAAGGGGAAGGACGUAUGCACCUCUCCUUGACUGGAUCCCAGCUGGACAAUCUAAAUCGGCAAAUGCAGUUUGUCACCUACACCAACACCCUCUUCCAUCCUAAUACAGCAGAUAUAGUGCAGCUUUCUACGGAUGAGCAUCAUGCAUCUUUCAGCAUUCGCAUCCGACAUGUACCUACACCCAGGCUCUACUAUCCAGGAUCAUCCAGUGGAGGAACUAGUGAAGGAACCUACAACAUCAGCGCCCUGGUCACCAUAGCUACCAAAACCUUCUUACGCUAUGACAAACUGCGAGUGUUGAUUGACAGCAUCCGCAAGUUCUACCCCACUGUGACCAUCAUCAUUGCAGAUGAUAGCCAGGAUAUCGAACAUGUGCAGGGACCCCACAUUGAGCAGUACUUCAUGCCUUUUGGCAAGGGCUGGUUUGCUGGUAGGAAUCUUGCCAUCUCCCAGGUGACCACCAAAUAUGUUUUGUGGGUGGAUGACGACUUCAUUUUCACAACCCGCACCAAAGUGGAAAAGCUUGUAGAUGUGCUUGAGAAAACUUCCCUAGAUUUGGUGGGUGGAGCGGUACGGGAGAUUACGGGCUACACCGCCACGUACCGCCAACAGAUCAGCGUGCAGCCUGGUACUGAGGAGGGAGAUUGCCUGCGAAUCCGCCAGGGAUAUCACCAUACCAUUGAAGGUUUCCCUGAUUGUGUAGUCACUGAUGCAGUGAUAAAUUUCUUCUUAGCACGCACAGAGAAGGUUCUGCAAGUUGGCUUUGACCCACGCCUCAACCGUGUUGCCCACCUUGAGUUCUUCAUUGAUGGCCUGGGUAUUCUGCAUGUUGGUUCCUGCUCCAAUGUGGUGGUAGACCAUGCCUCAAAGAUCAAGCUACCAUGGCUAAAAUCGGCAAGCGAGAAGCAAUAUGCCAAGUUCCGCUAUCCCAACAUAACGAAUGACAUGAUAAACACCGAACAAAGCCUCUUCUACUUCAAAAACCAUUUCAAAUGCAUGACGGGCAAUUAGUCUUCAGUGAGAGAGGGUGCUGAGCCCCACCCUUGACAACUGGCUAUGUCCUCAGGUGACUGGAGUCUUGGACAGCCUGCUCUGGCAGCUAGUCAUAGUUCUUGGCAAAACAAGCUUGCCCUGUCCACUAGCCAAGUGCCCAGAACUCAGGGAGGCUUCUACAUUCUCAGGCCUGAAGAGCAACUUGAGAAAUGAACUUCGCACUACUAAAAAAAAGAAAACACCACACAACUGUGUUAUAACAGAAUUAAUUGGACAAGCCAUCUUCCAGACCUUAUUGAUGAAAGUGGCAUGUUGUCUGCUUGUCAUAUUUUGCAUCUGAACUGAACCAUAUUCCACAGGGAGUGAUUCUGCAAGAGGCUGCCCCAUGAAGCCUGGGUCUUUAUCCUUCUCCUGGUUGAGAGCAGCCAUCUGCCCCUUACACCGAACUCCCCUUCUAACUUUGGACUUGCGCAUACCUACAGGUCACGUUGCAAAAAACCUUGCAAACUCUGGCAAUAUCCCAGCAUCCUUUACCUCCCUUGAAUUUAAACAACAGAAGGGGACAGGAUCGGAGGUGGAUAAACAACCUGAACUCCAGGGGGGAGGGGGACGGCUUUCUCUAGCGUCAAAAUUUUUGUGCCAAGGUUUUGAAGUUGAGCCUCUCUGUCCCCAGCUCCCUCCAACCUCAAACGGGCAUCGUUCUGGGAUAUUUUGAAGUGCCAAAGACUAAUGAUGGAAAGCCACCACCAGGGGGAAGCCUUGAGGUGUGCAUUGCAGCAGAGCAGCCUUAAAUGGCCACAGAACUACUGGGAUUGCGAGUGCCUCCAGAUUCGAGGCACUCCCAGGCUUAUGGCAAAAAUGGCCAGAUGUGCAUGGAUAUUGGAGGGCGCAGCUUAUUUUCUAUGGGGAUAUUUUUUUUAUACAGUGAAGUAGAAAGACUGUCCAUGACAGAUUCCCUAUUUUUUUUUAACUUUAGACAGAAUCCAUUUCCAAAGCUUCUUCUCAUUCCUUAAACUUCUCCAUCCCAGUUCUCUGGCUUUUUAAUGCCAACCAUGGAACCUUUCACACCACUUGCUUUUCCUAAAACUAUUAUUUAUUAGGAAGGUGUUGUUUUUUAAGAAAAAAAACACCACCACGAAUCAGGGCUGGGAAAAGGUCCUACACAAUAGUUCCAUUGCAUGGGGUUGGCUCAUAUCGUAUGUAACCCAAGGGGCUGUAACCACUCAGGCACCCUUCUUCCUUCUCCCUCUGUGUGCCCUUCUUCCCGGCACCUGGGCUGUCGAUUUCAUUGAGAUAAAAUUAGUUAAGUAUCAGCCUCACAGGUUAAGGUGCACUUAAGGUGCACUUUUAGCACAGGGACUGACAAGAAACCAGAGGGGUAUGGUAGAUUUCAAAACCUCUGUAGCACAAGUGGUCUAGAAAUUCAUACAGACUGAUCCACAAAGUUGUUUCUUGCUGCAAAAGGAUAAAAUCUUCUUUCCUCUUGAGUUGCCAGAUGAAAAAUUUAAAAACAUUUGUUUAGGAUAUGGUGGUUGGACAUAAGAUAUGGAUUAGGUAUGGCUUAGAAGCCGUAAGUACAGCAGCAAUCAUAUUCAUGCUCAUGUGGGAAUGAACUGUACUAAGCACAAGAAGACUUUUAAGUACUAUUUUAAUUGGAAUUAAAUCCGCCUCACACCACCAGAACAAUGCAGUAAUAAAUUAAAUACAUUUAAAUGCUUUAAAAAAAUGACAUUGCGUUUUUACACAUAUACACACAUACCUAAAGUAAAUAGGAAAGAAAUUCCAUGUGAUAAUGAAAUGGUUGCUCCCCUGCCUGAAAUGCUAAUUUUAAUAAAAGUUCAAAAGCUU